AUGCAAUACCUUACUUCUCUCCGCGAAAAACAUAAGUUGCAAGUGGGUCACAGUAAAUCCACAUCGCUUCCUCAAGAAGGUGACUGCGUCUUGAUUACCGAUCCUAUGCAGCCAAGGCACUGUUGGAGAAUGGGACGCAUCACUGAACUAGUAGCCGGAGCAGAUGGCGAGAUAAGAGAAGCUGUGGUGAUACUUCCAUCAAGGAGGCAAAUUCGCAGGCCGGUGAACCUUCUAGUUCCUCUCGAAUUGGAAGACAGAACCGAAAAGACCAAGGAUUUACUGCAAGAAACCCAAGAAGAGGAACCUCAAAAGGCUCAAGAAGAACCGGCUCGAACGAGAUAUGAUCUGAGGCCUCGCAAAAGAAUAGGCUACAACAAAGAACGUAGAGCGCCUUUCCUCCUGCGCAUAUCUAUAUCAUAUCGCAUAUCUCCUCCGCUCACACUGUUCGCAAGUAUUCUCUUUCUCUGCCUGCCAUCCUUGGCACACCCGACAAAUUGGGUGGUCACAAACUCAUUGCGGAACAUUCAAUGCUUUGCUGGCGGUGUGGAAAUAAGGAGCGAGGACCAUACGCCCUACGAAAUCUGUGCCGACAAUUUCUGUCAAUACUUCGAGCUUCCUCAAGCUUUGGAAACCGUUCAUUUUCCUCCUCAAGUGCUGGUACACGAACAGAAUGUGCACUGGAAAAUGAAGAGGAACAACUCGAUCCAGAUUGUGGAGUUGACGUGUCCUCCGGCUUCCUUUUUCCUGCGUAAUUCCGGUGCAUUCACGGGGCUUCUACAUAUGCAACCAAACGUCCCGAUUAUGUGGAAAUUUUUCACUUUCACCUUGUCAUCAAUCACUCUGCCGCCAAUACCAUUGCUGAACCGACCGUUCAUUUCUGAUGGGAAUACAACAGCACUCUGGGACUAUCGGUUUCGACUCCCUCUCAGAUGCGCUAAUCGAACAGCUGCCAAGAAACUUCAGUGUCAAUUCGAAGAGAACUGUACAUGCUUCCCAGCUGAAUCGCAAGCUAACUGUAAGUGCAGUAAUGUAAGCUUGUCAUCCUGGUUCAACAACAUCAACCACGUCUUGCCAGCAGUUUUCUCAUCAGUCUCUUUCAAGCUAGGUCAAGAAGGUGAAGUGCAAGCAAGCAUUGCGAACAUGGUGACGGCAGAAAUAAUCAUGACAGUACAAGGUAACUUUACGACUGACGUUAUAGUUGAGGAUGCAGUGUGCAAAAUCGAGAACGCCGAUCUCCAAGGCUGUUACAAGUGUGCAAAGGGCGCGAUGGCAGAAGUAACUUGCACCUCAACGCGUGAUGUUCAGGCAGAAGUGAUAUGUGACGGAGCUACCUUCACAGUCGGCUGCUCCAAAGACGGAACGAAGUCUGUUUUAAGAUUCAGCUUCAACUCUGCCCGAAUUUACAUGAAAUGCUCGGUUUCGUGCGGCUCUAUCCCCACUGAAUUUCAACUCGGAGGUAUCCUGAAAUUCACACAGACAGGACAAUCAAUAUUGACGCAGUGGGUCGAAGGAGGCACGAGCAGCAUAUCCGAGACUGAAUGGCCAGACUUUAGUCACAUUAUCGACGUUGUAGCGCAAUGGUACAAGACAGCGCUACUAGUUACCGCCAUUCUUCUAAUCCUACUGGCUCUGACAUACGUGAUAUUCUCCGCAUGUGGGAUACGCUGCUUUCUUUGGAUCUUCAAACAACUGCUACGGCUGCUUCGCACUGUGCUUCUGGCUCCAUUUCGUUGCAUUAGUGCGUUAUGCGUGCACGUUGCAAAAGAAAGCCAUAACAAGACCCACUGA